UUCAUGAAUUCGCCGCCCAAACCAAAGCGUUAUUCGGUUAAUAACACGCCAUUUUGACGCCACUUCAUCCAACAAGCCACGUUAAUAAAUCAUGUCGGCCGAUACGACUGGUGCUAAAGUGGAAAGUUCAACUGAAAAUGUUGAUCAACAACAAAGCGAAGAACGUAAACCCCAAGCUUUUCAUCACCAAGGUGGUGGUGGCGGCGGAGGAGGUUCUGGGGGUGGUGGGCGAGGAGGACGAGGUGGCCGUUUCCAGAAUCGACGGCAAAACCAAAAUCAAGGAAAAGAUUUCGAUAGAAAAGGUGGUAGAUUUCAAAAAGGCGGUUCUGGUGGGCAAGGAGAUCAUAGGCCACUCUCCGAAAGGAUUAUGUAUGAACGAUUAAACGAAAUAAGUGGCCCUUCUUUUGAUUUACCCGCCAUAGAUUCGACAGAGAAAAAAUUCUCAAAUAGAAAUCGUUUAUAUGUAGGAAAUAUUCCAAACGAGUUGGAAGAAUCCGAAUUACAAGAAUUAUUUAACGAAUAUGGCGAGACUCGUGAUUUAUUUAUAAAUAAAGAAAAAAACUUCGGGUUUAUCAAACUUGAUUAUCAUUUUAACGCGGAAAAAGCUAAAAAUGAUUUAAACGGGAAAUCAAUUAAAAAUCGAUCAUUAAAAGUUCGAUUUGCACCGUUUAGUGCAAGCGUUCGAGUUAAAAACUUAGACGAAUAUGUCACAAACGAGUUAUUACAAGCUGCAUUUUCAAUUUUUGGAGAAAUCGAACGAUGUGUCGUUAUAGCUGAUGAUCGGGGAAAAUCAAUUGGAGAAGGAGUCGUCGAAUUUGCACGAAAACCAUCUGCACAAUUAGCAAUUCGAAAAUGCACCGAAGAUUGUUUCUUUUUAACCGCAAAUUUACGCCCCGUCAUCGUCGAAGCUUACGAACCUCAAGACGAUUGCGACGGAUACUCGGAAAAAUUCGUUAAAAAAAAUCCCGAAUUCUUCAAACAAAGAAACGUGGGGCCACGAUUUGGAGCACCAAACAGUUUCGAAGAAGAAUACGGAAUGCAUUGGAAACAAUUAAACGACCUUUACCAACAGAAAUUAUUAGCGUUAAAAAAAGAAAAUGAAAUCGAACAAGAAAAACUUGUCGCUCAAAUGGAAUUUGCUCGAUACGAACACGAAACUGCAAUGUUACGUAAACAAUUACGCGACAGAGAAAUGGAUAUGGAUCGACAAAAACGCGAGUGGGAAAUUCGCGAACAACAAGCAGAAGAAAAUCGACGACGUACAGAAGAACAAAUGCGACGGCAAGAAGAAGAAUUACAAUCGAGGAUCAUACACCAAGAAGAAGAGAUGAGACGUCGCCAACAAGAAAACAGUUUAUUUAUGCAAGCUCAACAAUUGGAUAAUAUGCUUAAUAGCCAAGAAGAAAAUUUCAAUAACCGAAAUGAUAUGGGUUCAAAUUCUUCUGAUAAUAAACCUUUUAUGGGAUCUGGUGAUUACAGAAAUUAUGAUUCUAGAGACGAUGGACCGAAUAUGGGUGGCGGACGAGGUCAUAGAGGUCGUGGUCAAUGGUCUAAUGAUCGCGAUUAUCAAGCUAAAAGACGAAGAUAUUGAAAACAAAUUAAUCAUUAUAAACACUUGUCAUUAUUGAACUUUAAAAUAAUUUCAUUUUAAAUUAGACUUUAAUUAUCAAAUACCUGUCUUUGCUUGUCUCGUCUAUAAAAUAUGUAUUUAGAUGUUUUGUGUUCUUUAGUUCAAUGUGUAUUCAUGAGAUUCAAUAAAACAGAGUAAUUGCAAAA